AUGCUUCUGUUGCUAUUGUUCACUGGACUUUGUAUUUACCUAUUCUACGAAUUGUAUUGGAAGCGAAGACACUUACCACCAGGACCCAUUCCGCUUCCAAUAAUUGGCAACGUCUUGCCAAUGCUUAGAGAGAAACCAGGAUACGAGUGUUUCAGAAGAUGGAUGAAAACCUAUGGAGAUUGUUACACUUUUUGGAUGGGUAAAACUCCAUAUGUGAUGAUUAGCUCUCUUGAUCUGAUGAAAGAGACAUUCAUCCGUGAUGGUGACACUUACAAGGACAAAUUUCCUCAACCAAUCAAUGUGAAAUUUUGUGGAGGAUCAUUUGGAAUUGUUGACACAAAUGGACAUCUUUGGAAUACUCAUCGUAGAUUCGCCCUCACCACUUUUCGGGAUUUUGGACUUGGAAAAGGAUUAAUGCAGGAGAAAAUAUUGAUUGAGGUGGAAGAAGUAUUCAGAAAGCUUGAUGAGCAUCUUGGAAUGGAGCAAGAUAUCCCAAAAGUAUUGAAUAACGCAGUAGCAAAUGUUAUCAAUCAAAUUGUGUUUGGAUAUCGGUUCGCAGAUGACCAAGAGGAAGAAUUCAACAAAUUGAGAGAUCUGAUGGAGUAUCAAGAGAAGGCUUUUAAUACAAUUAAAGUUUAUGUUCAAGUUUUUGCUCCGAAACUUGGAGAAUUUCUUCCAGGAAAAUCAAUUGAUGAGCUAAUGGACGAGUGGAAGAAAAAUUUCUACACAUUUUUCAAUACUCAAAUUGAAAACCACAAGCAAAAAAUUGAUUUCGACAGUGAGGAGAACUUGGAUUAUGCUGAAGCUUAUCUCAAAGAACAAAGAAAGAGAGAAGCUGAAGGAGACUUCGAGUUGUUCUCCAAUAAUCAAUUGAUGCAUACUUGUUUGGAUCUUUGGUUUGCUGGAUUAUCCACUACAAAUGCUACUGCAAAUUGGUCUAUCUGCUAUAUAAUGAACACUCCGAGAGUUCAAGAGAAAAUGCAAGAAGAGUUAGACAGAACAGUAGGAAGCGAUAGAUUGGUAACAACAGCUGAUAAGAAUGACCUACCCUACAUGAAUGCAGUUAUCAAUGAAUCUCAACGAUGUGCUAACAUCCUACCAGUCAACGUGCUUCAUAUGACUACUAAGGACACAGUAAUCAGUGGUUUCCCUAUCAAAAAGGGAACUGGAGUUGUUGCUCAGAUUAGCACAGUGAUGUUGGACGAGAAGGUGUUCCCUGAGCCUUAUACUUUCAACCCAGACAGGUUUAUUGAUGAGAAUGGAAAGUUGAAGAAAGUAGAAGAACUCAUACCAUUCUCGAUUGGAAAGAGACAGUGUCUUGGUGAAGGACUCGCUCGGAUGGAGUUGUUCCUCUUCAUCUCAAAUUUUUUCAACAGAUAUCAGAUCUCCCCAUCAUCCGAAGGACCUCCAUCAAUAGACAAGACCGGCAAACUCAGUCUGUUCCCAAGGAAGUUCAACGCGAUUCUCACCAAAAGGCAUUAA